AUGCAAAGUGAUACAGUUUUAAAAAAAGAUAUAUCUGAAUAUAAAGACAUGAUGAAUGGUAUUCAUAAUGUAACAUCUUGUAAUAUAUCAGUAUCUAUAGAAAAGAAUAGUGAAAACAAUAAAAAAGUAAAUUACGACGAAAAAGUAAAAAAAUAUAAUAAAAAUAAUUUCAAUACUAUUAGUAAUAAUUUAUCCGAAUCAAAUAAAUUAUCAACAAAACGAUAUAAUUCUAAUACUCCAUCUCAUUCUUCAUCCAUAUUAAAUAACUCAGUAAAUCACAAAAAUUAUAAGCAAGUUCAAAAAAAAACUUAUAUCAAUAUGAAUGGUGAAGAUAGUAGAUUUAACGAAUCAAUAAAUAAGUAUACAGAUGAUAACAGUUCAAAGAAUAUGAUUAACCUAAAUAAUACUAACCAUGUCAUUUCUUCUUCUAAUUCAGAAAACAUUCCUUAUAAUAGCAUAAAAAAUGUAAAUCCUCAAAAAAAAAAUAAUAGUAUCAGUAACAGUAGUAAUAAUUUAGAUAAAAAUUCUUAUGUAAAAAAUAGCACAAAAUUUAAUCGUACAACAUGUAAUGAAACUAAUUAUGAUGCUACAAAUGAAAAUAAUCAAAAUGAUUUUGAGACUCCAAUGGAAAAUUAUAAUAAUGACAAUUUGAAUACCAAUGCUACGGAUGAAAAAAAUUUUGUUCUUUCUAAGUCAUCUAAUGAAAACAAUAUAAAUGGAGUAUUAAUUAAUAGUAAUACAACAGCAAGUAAUGAAAAUAAAAUUCAAAAUAGUAAUACAUAUUCUAAUAAUACAAAUAAAAACUCCAAUAGUAAUUAUAUUACUCAAACAAAUUGUGAUAGUAGAAAUAAUAAUAAUUACAAAAAUAAUAGUAAUAAUCAUAUCAAUAAUAAUAAUAAUAUCAGCAUUAAUAAUAAUGUUAAUAAUAACAAUAAAAAUAUAUACAAUAAUAGUAGCAAUAAUAUGAAUAUAAAUAAUAAUAUUAAUGCUACUUCAUCAAAAAAUAAUUCUUCACAGAACAAUACGCUUACAUUAGGAUAUAUCAAUGUAAAAGGAAAUAUAAAAAGUUCUAUAUUGAAUAAUAAAAAUAAUAAAAAUAAUGGUAAUCGUAUUGUUAAAAAUUCAAAUUCGUUAAAAAAUGAAAGUGGUCACGAUAUAAAAAACACGGAAACAAAAAAUAAUGAAAAUAAAACUGCAGAGAAUAAAAGUAGCAACGAUAUUAAAAAUAAUGAUAAAAAUAAUAACAGUAAUAGUAAUAAUAAUAAUAAUGACGAUAAUAAUAAUGAUAAUAAUAAUAAUAAUAAUGAUAAUAAUAAUAAUAAUAAUGAUAAUAAUAAUAAUAAUAAUAAUAAUAAUAAUAAUAAUAAUAAUAAUAAUAAUAAUAAUAAUAAUGAUAAUAAUAAUGAUAGUAAUAAUAAUAACAAUAAUAAUAGUAAUAGUAAUAAUAACCAUAAUAAUAGUAAUAGUAAUAAUAAUAAUAAUGAUAAUAAUAAUAGUAAUAAUGAUAAUAAUGAUAAUGAUAAUAAUGAUAACGAUAAUAAUAAUAAUAAUAAUAAUAAUAAUAAUAAUAAUAAUAAUAAUAGUAAAGAAAUAGGGAAAAAAGAAACUGAUAAUAAAGAUAAAGAAAAUGAGGAGGAAGCUAAAAAAAUAACUAAAGAUACACAAAAAAAAAACACAUCAAAUAACAAUGAAACACAAAAUUCAGCUAAUAAGUCACAUUCAUUAUCAACCAAUUCAUUUAAUAACGUUUCAUCUUCAAGUUCUUUAAAUGCAGAUGCACCAGAAUUCGUCCCAUCUACAAAAAAUAUACAAAGUAGCCUUCCUUUUAACAAUUUAAUGUGGAGUAAUUAUUAUCAGAAUAUGUCUACUACACCAUUUACUAAUGUACAAAAUAAUAAUAUGAUGAAUAAUAUAACAUCACAAGGGAAUAGUAAUAUUUUAACCCCCAAUUCUUUAAUAAAUCCAGUCAUUAGUGGAUUAAACGCUUCAUCAAAUAACUUAAUGAAUAUUUCUAAUACAAAUAAUGCAUCUUCAUCAAGUAAUAUAAAUUUAAAUGUAUCCAAUAAUUCAGGUGUGAUUGUGAAUUCAUCUAGUAGUGUUAACAAUAUAGAAAAUGAAAACACGAAAAAUAAUAGUAAUAAUACUAGCACUGUAAUUAAUGCAAAACAAACAAAUAAUCAUGAAAAUGGUGUUAAUAAUAUUUCUAGUUCUACAAAUAUGCAUGGAUCUUCUAUUGCUGUACCAUCAAGUGGAACAUCUUCACAAACUAACUUUUUAAAUCAAAAUAUUAUUUCAGGAAUGAAUAAUUUAAGAUCCAAUAAUUUUAUGAAUAAUUCAGGUGGAAAUAUUAUGAACAGUUCAGAAAAUUCAGCACCAUUUCAUCAUCUUGAUACACAUGCACAUCAGAAUUUUCAACCAAAUGGUUCAUUAAUUCAUCAUCAUAAUUUUUAUGUAAAUCAUCCAUAUUUAAUAAAUAAUCACCCCAAUGGAUUGCCAACCCCUCAAUCAAUAUUUGCUCCUUUAUCAUAUGGCAAUUCUUUAACAUCAGGUAAUGUUCAUCAUGACUUGCCUUUUUCUCAACCCCCAUCAGUUUAUGGAUCAUUUGCUAAUAAUCCUAGCUUAAUAGGAAAUAAUAGUAUUCCUUCUCAAAAAAAUGGUGCUUUAAAUAUUAAUCCAUACAAUUUUUUGUCUUGUGCUAUUCCAUCUCCACCUCAAUUGCAGCAUAAUGCAUCUAUAAAUAUGAGUUCUUUAGAUCCCCAUUUCAUUACAAAUUCAGCUAAUACACAUAUAAAGAUUCCUUAUAAUCAUGUAAAUCAACCUAAUAGAAGAAAUAUUUUCAGUCAUUUUAAUAAUGCAAAUUUACAUAGUGCAAGUAAUUUAAAUGAUAAUAAUUUUGAGCAUAAUAAUAAUAAUAUGAACUCAGUUAUUACUGGAAAUUUAAAUUAUAACUUUAAUAGCUUUAAUGCUAAUCAAAACAAUAAUAUGCAUUUAAAUAACGAUAAUAAUAAUUUACAUUUAAAUUCAGCUGUAGGAAGUAAUAUGCCAUUAAAUAAUAGUGCAAAUGUUAUAUGUUUAAAUAACCCAUUGCAUAUUAAUAAUUCAAAUGUAGCACAUCAUCAUAUGAAUAAUAUAAAUAAUAAUCUUCAUUUAAAUAAUAUUCAUAUGAAUCAUAGCUUGCUCAUGAAUAAUACUAUGAAUAAACAAAAAAGAAACAAUUCUUAUAAUGAAAGAAAUAAACAAUAUAAUUACAGAGAUAAUAAAAAUGCAUUAAAAAAUAAUAUAUUAAAUUUAAAUGGUACUAUGAAUAAUUACAAUCACUAUAAUAUGAAGCAUGACAAUAAAAAGCACAAUAGGUACAAUUCUUUAAAUAAUACAAAUAAUAAUUUUAGUCCUAAUUAUAAUUUAAAUAACAAUACUUUGAAUAACGUUUCCAAUAAUUCUAAAAAUUUAUAUAAUAGUCAUAGUAAAAAUUUCAAACAAGAAAAUUAUAAUAGAGAGGAAAAUAAUUCAGUGAACUAUUACCAAAAAAAUAAUAAUGCUAAUACUACUAAUAAUAAUAUUAGUAAUAACAAUAAUACUAAUAAUUCUAAUGCUACUACUACAUCCAAUAAUAAUAUUACUGUUCCAUUAAAAGAAGUUAACGCUGAUAUGAAAGAAAUGGCUGAUAAUUUUAACGAAAAUAGCGCAUGCAAUAAUGACAUACCAUAUUCAUAUAAAGGAAAAAAUUAUAAUUUAAAUAACUCUAAUUUAAAAAAUAAAAAUAGUAAUGCUGUGAACAAUAAUUUAAAUAAUAAUAUACAGAAUGAAGUUUCUAACGAAAAACGUACAUAUAAUAAAAAUGAUAAAAAUGAUAAAAAUAAUAAAGACGAUUUUAAAGCAAAUAGAAAUUAUGCUAGUAACAAGAUAAAUGAGGAAAAAAAUGUAACUAAUGUUAAGAGGGAAUUACCAAAGGAUAAGAGUGGUAAGCAGGGUGAUCAAUUUCAUAAAAAAAAUUUUUCUGAAUUAAAUAAUUCUAGUAAUAGCAAACAACAAAAUAAUUUCGUAGGUAGUAAAUAUCAAAACAAUUCUGAAAAAAGAGGAAGUGUGAGAAGUGUUGACAAUAAUAAAAUAAAUGAAAAAAAAAUUAAGAAUGAAGAUGAUAAGAAAUUCAAGGAAAAAAGUAACGUAUUAAAUACCAGUUCUGUUAAUAAUUUAAGUAAUAUAAAUAUUAAUGUUUCAGAGAAUAAUGAAAAUUUAAAUAAAAAUGCAAAUACAAAUGAUGUAGCAACUGUUGAUAAUAAUUAUGUAAACAAUAAUAGUAAUUUUAAUAAUAAUAUAGCAAACAAUAAAAAUGUGAAUUACAAUAAUUUAAAAAAUUUAAAAAAUUACGACAAAAAAAAUAUGGAAUUUUCUUCGUGGGUAAAAAUUGCUAAGAUGAAUCCUAAUAAAAAAAAAGAAAAAAAUAAUCUAAAUAUUCAGUAUAACAAUACUAAUAAUUUUAAUGCAAAUGCUUCUGAUGUUAACAAUAAAAAUAAUGAUAAUUCCAAUGCAAAAUUAACUAAUUUAGAUAAAGGCAAUUACAAUAUAGAUUCUAGUAAUAAUAAUAAUGAAAAAUCGAAUAUUCAAAGUUCUAAAAUAAGUAGUGAUAACAUAUGUGAUCAGAAUAAUGAUUUAACUUAUCAAAAAAAUCAACUUGCUACAAAUUAUGUUGAUUCCAAAUCCAAUACAAUUACUAAGGAAAACAAAAAAAAGAAUGAAGAAGAAAAGGAAAAAGGAUCAAACAAAGAAAAAGAUGCAAGUUACAAAAAUAGCAAAAAAUUAAGUGAAGAUAAAAUAGACUCAAAUGUAAAAAAUAAAAAAAUGAAUUAUUCAUCCAAUAAAAAUUUCACAGAUAAGGAAAAUAAAGAAAAGUUGAAAACAAAUUAUGAUAACAGUAAGAAGAAUGAAAUGAAUGAAAGGAAAGGAAAUAAUGGAGUAAAUUUUUCUCAUAGACAAAGAGAAAAAUUAAAAAUUCAAAAUGUAGAAAUUAAGCAAAUUAAUGAAAAAAUUAUGAAUAUCAAUACAAAAAGUGAUGAUACCAAAAGUAUAAAUAAAAUAACUGAAAAUGAAGACUCAGAAAAUAUCAAAAAAAGUAAUGGAAAAGGAAUAAAUGAAAAUAAUGAAAAUUAUGAAAAAUCAAAUGAUUUAGGAGAGGAUUAUACAAGCAAAAAUGAAUUGGAAUACAGUGAUAGUAUUAUUAACAUGAAGAAAAGUAAAAAUGCAAAUAUAUCAUCAAAUAGUAUAAAAAGUGAAUCCUUUAGAAAUAGAGAAAAUCAAAAGGAGUUGUAUAAUGCUACAACAGGAGAAAACAAAAUUAACAAAAACAAUCCUGAUAAUAUAACAAAAAAAAAUAAUACUAGUAUAAACAAGGAUAAUUACAAAUAUUUAAGUGCAAAUCAUUAUAAUGCUACUAAUGCUAAUGAUCGAUCAUCAUCUUAUUCUAAUUCUAAUUCGAAAAAUUUUAUGUGGGAAGGGAAAAUUUCUUUUGCUGAAAUGGCCAAAAGAAAACCAAAGAAAGAAACGAAGGAAUCGAAAUUAGAAUCAAUACAGAAUGAAAAAAAAAAUAAUAAUAAUUCACAUAAAAAUGAUAAAAUUUCAAAAAAAGAUCAUAAUAGAUAUACUUCUAACACAGUAGUAAAUGAUAAGAAUAACAAAGGAGACAACAAUUCUAGUAUGAACAAAGAUAAUAAAGAUGUGAAAAAAAGAAAUGAAAUUAAGGAAGAUAUUUCAAAAUUAUCUAAUAAUAAUAAUUUAGUUAAAAAAGAAAACAAAAAUGAAAUGUUAAAAACAUAUGAUAUAGAAAAAGAGAAAAAUACACUAGACAAUUUAGAAACAAAUGAAAAUAAAGAAAAAUUGUGCAAUGAAAAAAUGGAAUCAUCAGAUGCUUCUUUAAAUGUAACUUAUAAUAAAGCAAAAAAUGACAAAUUAGAAGAAAAUUAUAAUGAUGUUGAAAAAAAAGAUAAGAAUGAAAUAAAAUCAGAAAAAGAAUCAGAUGGCUUAUAUUCAGACAAGUCAAAUAAUAAGAAAAUUUUUAAUAUAGAAAAGAGUAAUGUGAAUGAUUCAAACCAAACAGUAGCAGAUAAAGACAAAAUAAAUAAAAAUAAAAAUCCUGAAUUAUCAUUAAAUGAAAAAAAUAUGAUUGAAGUAAACAAUAAAUCAGCACAUUUGAUUAAUGAAGAUAAUUUAACUUUUUCAAAAAAAAUGAAUGAAAAAGAAGAAAAGGAACUUACGGAAUAUUCAAAUAAAGAUACUGAGAAAACAGACGAAAUUUCUAAAAAAAAGAAGAAAAAGAAAAAAUUGGAAAACGAAGAAGAAAACAGAUUGGUAGAAGAAUAUAAAAAUGAAGAAGUACAAAGUAAGACCCAACUUGUAGAAGAAAAUUUGAAUGGAAAUGAAGGAUUAAAUGAAAACGCUUCUUUAAAUAAUAAAAUAAGUUUAACUAAAAAUUUAAAGGAAAAUAAAAAUGAAACAGUAAGGAGUAACAAAUUAAAUGAAGAGACACAUAACAUUAAUAUUAUUGAUGAUUUGAAAGUAAAUAGUGUUCUAAAUGAAAAAGGAAUUAAAUGUGUAGAAAAAAAAGAAAUGGAGACAUCAAAAAAAAAUAUAAAUUACGAUGAUGUAAAAAAAGAAGAUAUAAAUAAAAAUAUAAACGAGAAUAAUAAAUAUUUAGAUGAAGAAAAAGUAAAAGCAUCUAUUUCUAAUAAUGAAGAAAACAUAAAAACAAAAUCACCAAAUGAAGAUUUACUAAAUGUGGAAAAUGAAGAUAAAAAAAGGAAAAAAAAUGCAUUUUCAGAAGAAAAAAAAAGAGAGAAUGAAAAAUACAAUGAAGAAACAAAAACAGAAAAAGAAAAGGUGAAAACAGAUCAAUUGCAAUGUAAUAAAAAAAAUUCAGAAGAUAUUUCUUUCAAAGAACAAAAUGAGGAAAGCAAAAAGAAGCUGCUAAAUGAAAAAAUAAAUAAAAGGAGUAAUGCUGUAACUAAUGAAAAUAAAAAGGAAAUCUUAAAAGUUUAUGACUCAUCAAAAGCAGAUAUAAAGGAUAAAACUUCUAUUAAUAAUACUGUAGCAAAUAAUUUAAAAAAUAAUACUUUAAAUAACGAAGUAUUAAAUUCCAAUAAAAAUGAAAUAAAUGUAUCGGAAGAAGCAAGUAUAAAGUUGGAUUGCAAAGACAGUAAAAAAGAAAAUAAAGAAAUAAAAGAUGAAAACAUAGAAGAUGAUUUAUUGGGAGCUUUAGAAAAACAAGUGGAUAGCUUAGAAAAAAUAAAAGAUAACGAAAAGUUAAAGGAAGAUAAAUUAAAGGAAGAAAAACAAAUAGCAAAACAAAAAAAAAUUGAAAGAUUAUAUAAAGAAAAAGUAUAUACAAAAAUAGAUUUAUUAGAGAUUUAUUUAGGUCAUGAUUGGAAUAUUGGUGUAGAUAAAUUUAAUUUUGUUUUAUCUCAAGGUUCUAACAGUGAAAUGGAUUACAAUAAUAAUAAUAUAAAUAUGAAUAACAAUAAUAAUAUUAAUAAUAAUGAUAAUAAUAAUAAUAUUAAUGAUAAUGAAAAUUGUAAUAGUAAUAUGAAUGAUUUUAAAAAUAUGAAUGCAUAUAACAAAAGAUAUAAUUCAGUAUAUAACAAUAAUAAUAUUAAUAAUACUAAUAACAACAUUAAUAAUAAUAUUAAUAAUAACAACAAUGCUAGUAAUAAUAACAACGGUAAUAUUAGCAAUAAUAUCAAUAAUAAUAAUAAUAAUGCCAAUAGUAAUAAUAAUAAACAAGCACAAGCAAAUCAAAGUGCAAAUAAUAAAAAUAUUAAAGAUGACUGGAGAAGUUCUAUACCAAAAAAUAUGAUGAAUAAUUUAUUUUUAAACAAUAAUCAAAAUAGUAAUUUCUUUAAUAAUAAUAUUAUAGGUGGGAAUAACAUAUAUGAUCAGAAUUUACAAAAUAAUAAUUUAAUGAAAAACACAACUAACUUGGAAUGGAGAAAGAGUGAUGGAGAUAAAUUAAAAGGAUUUUUUGACUCUACAAGAGCUGUUGAAUCAGCUGAUCCAUGGAGAAAUAAUAAUUCUCCACCAACUAAAACAAUAGCAGAAAAUAGUUGGAUUCUAAAGCAAAAUCAAUUGAAAGCAGAUAAAUACACAUGUAUGAUGCGUAAAUUAAGAGGUAUAUUAAAUAAGUUAACUUUUGAGAAGUUCGAUUUAUUAUAUGAGCAAAUAAUUCUUGUUGGUAUAACUAAAUUAGAAGAAAUUGUUGGAUUAAUGAAGCUAGUUUUUGAAAAAGCUGUUACGCAACAUCAUUUUGUUCAAAUGUAUGUACAGUUAUGUAAAAAAUUAAAUGUUCAUUUCCAUAAUAUGAAAUUGGAAGAUGACACAACAGUUCAAUUUAAAAAAAUAUUAAUUAAUCAGUGCCAAGAUUCUUUUGAAAAUAAUUUAAAACCAAUAGAAUACCCUAGUAAUUUAAAUGAAGAAGAAAAAUUUGAAUUUGAACAAAUGCAUAAAAAUAAAGUUAGAGGUAAUAUGCUUUUUGUUGGUGAAUUAGUUAAAUCUGGUAUUAUAUCAAUUCCUAUUGUUUUUGUUUGCAUUAAACAAUUAUUAGAAAAAAGAGAGAGUUAUAUUGCUUUAAAGAAUGAUACAAACGAAGGAAAUCUACAUUUAGAAGCAUUAUGCAUGUUUUUGAACACAGUUGGAGAAAUUUUAGAUACCCAUGAAAAAGCAAAUCAAGACAAAGUAAAAGAAUUAUACAAUACAUUAAAUGAAUUAGUUAAUAAUGAAAAAAUUACUUUUCGUGUUAGAUGUCUUAUUAAAGAUGUUAUUGACAAUAGAAAUGAAAAAUGGAAUAAAAAAUUUGCUCAUAAAUUAGAAGGUCCAACGACUUUAAGUGUAUUGCAUGAUAAGAUUUUAAAAGAAAAUAUUGAUCAAAAUAAUAGAAAUUUUUCAAAUAAUAAUAUGAAUUAUCACGAUAAUAAAAUGAAUAGCAAUUUAAGUAAUAUGAGAAAUAAUAUUCUUCGCAAUGCAAACUUUAACAUGAAUAAUAAUAAUAAUAAUAUAAAUUUUAAUAUGAUAAAUAAUAAUAUGAAUUUAAGAAAUAUGAGCGGAAUGAAAAAUCUAGAUGGAAAUAAAAAUAAUAAAAAAAUGCCAUUAAAUUUAAGUAAAAACAAAAAUAAUACUUCUAAAAUUAUUCCUGAUGAAAUGAAAAAUGGAAUGGAUAACAAUUAUUUUGAUAUGAUGUCAAAAAAUCAUAUCCCAUUUAAAAAUCAACCAUUUAUGAAUAAUGAUCACAAUGAUAAUAAUAAUAUUUUUAGUAACUUAAAUUCCAGAUUAUUAAAUAAUAAAGAAAAAAAUGAUAACAAAGCAUUUUUGAGAAAUUAUAAUGCUAAAAAAAAUAAUAGCAAUAAUGAUGAUGUUAAUAAAAGAAACACUUUAAAUGCUAAUAAUAAUGAAGAUUUUAACGAAGUAGAUUUUAGUAGGAAUAAUUUGAACAAUGAGGAAAAUAAUGAAGUUACCACGACCGCUACUACAUCAAAUAAUAAUAAUUCCACUUCUAAUGUUAUAACAAAGAAAGUUACAAAAGAAAGUGGUCAAGACGCUCCAGAAGAUUAUACAUUUGUUGAAGAAUAUUUACCAAAGGUAAAUGAAAUUUUAGAAAUGUCUACUACAACAAAAGAAUGGGAAGAAUUGACAAAAAAAUUUGAAGAUCUUAACAUUCCUUCUAAAUUUAAUGACAAACUUCAUAAUAACAUUUUAAAACUUACCUUAAAAAAAUAUGCUUGUAACAAAAAUAUAGAAAAGAGUUCUGAUUUUUUUAAUUGGCUAAUUUCUAUUGUUCUCUCUAAUAAGAUUGAUAUAGAAUCAUUUAAACCUUGUUGGAAAUCUUUUAUGUUAGAAAAAGAUGAAAAUAGUUAUGUAUAUACAAAAGAAGAUUAUCCUUUAUUACCAGACAUAGCUAAAAAUUUUAUCAAAGCUAUUGAGUUAUAUGAUAAAAAUCAUUUAUUAUAUGAUGUAAACACCAUAGAAGAAAUGAAAAAUAUUAUAUAA